AUUAAAAAACUUCAGCUUUAGACUUUGUACCAGUUAAUUUGUUUAUUCUAACGGCAACUCUGGGCACAUUUUUUCUUCAGAAAUAAAACAGCUGUGUGAUGUAAUAUAUUAAUAUUAUCAAUUCACCGCAGAUUUUAUGUUUGAAAUUUUCGUAAAGAAUUCGAAAAUCAAAUAAACCAAUUUCAAGUCACGUUUACCGUAAUUAUAAAAAAAUAUUAAAUAAUUGCCUGCGAGGUCGACGCAUCAAGGAAAUGGCAUAAUUAAAAAACUUCAAAGACAUCAAUAACAAUUUCUAAUUCCAUAAAUUUUAAUACUUUCGUUAGGAAGAAACGAGAACUGAUGUACUUAAUUGUAAACAUCGGUGGGCCAUUAGAGCAGAAAUCGAAAAAAAUCCAAAACGAAACCAAAGCAAGAUACAUGGCCGAGCCGACAGCAUAACUCAAAACAAAAAAUAAUAACGCUAUAAAAGCAUCAUAAAGAAGCAAAUUGGAAUUGUAACUUAUGGAAAGAAGCAGCAGCACAACACUGACAGAGCGUUUCAAAGAAUUACUAAAACAAGAGAUAAAACCAAAAACAAAAAAGGAGAAAACAUAGUGACUUUAUAAAAUCAAACGAAAUCCUCACAGAAAAAAAGGCGAAAGGGAGUCGAAGGGAGCAAGCAAGAAGCAUUGAACUCGAGCGCAAAUCUUAAUUCGCGUCAUGUCGAUAAACGCAGUUCUGGAAGAGAAUGGCCUUAGGGCAAACCCCGAAUCGCUCUUGGAAUCGAAAUAUAAUUUCGAAGAGACUAAAAGCAAUCUUCAGAUUAAAGAGAAUUCGUUUGAAGAGCUUUGUAAAAAAACUUUUCAAAUGUAUAAAGCUGAGGAAGUGGUGCUCUCUUUCAAUGGCGGCAAAGACAGCACUGUAGUUCUUCAUAUGCUCGCCCGCUUUUUCCAGAAAGAUCACAAUCUCAAGCAUCUUAAAAUACUCGCAUUAUUUAUAACGGAUCCCGAUGGCUUUUCGGAAAUUGAUGAGUUUGUUAAUGAUUGCUCCAAACUCUAUAAUAUUGAAUUGAUUAAGAUGGAAGGUACUAUUAAACAAGCGCUAGAAAGGAUGUGCAGAGAAAGGCCAUUAAUUAAGGCGGUGUUUAUGGGCUCUAGAAGAACUGAUCCUCAUUGUGAACAUUUAAAGACAAUGCAACCCACUGAUCCCGGUUGGCCGGCAUUAAUGCGCAUUAAUCCAAUUCUUGACUGGACAUGCCGCGAUAUUUGGCAAUAUAUCUACGUAUAUGACGUUGCUUAUUGCAUAUUAUAUGAAAAAGGCUUUACCUCGAUUGGCAAUAAGAAAAAUACUAAACCUAAUCCUUAUUUACAAGUAGCUGAGUCUACGACAGGAAGAGUUUUGAAUUAUCGCCACGCGCAUGAUCUGCUAGACAACGAUAAUUUGGAACGUGCUGGGCGCGUAUAGUUUAAGCUUUAAGCGUUUUCCUUCAUCUUUAUCUUUUUUCCCAAAACAUUUUUUUUUCAAACCUUUAAAACAAUGUAUAAAAUCCUAUGCAGGCAAUUAAGUAAGUAAAAUAACUGUUAAGUUUCUUUAGUUAUAAAACCAAAUAAUUGUUAAAAUAGCUUGAAUUUACCAAAA